GGUAACCAGGACGCCACGGCUCCGCCGGACGCGAUGGCUCAGCCCUACCCCCCGGCCCAGUACCCCCCGCCCCCCCAGAACGGGAUCCCCGCAGAGUACGCACCGCCGCACCCUCACCCCACGCAGGACUACUCGGGGCAAAGCACAGUACCGGAGCACGCCAUGACCCUCUACACACCAGCACAGAGCCACGCCGAGCAGCCGGGCACCGACGCCAGCACACAGUCCAUAGCAGGGACGCAAACGCAGACAGACGAGGCGGCACAGACAGACAGCCAGCAGCUACACUCCUCAGACAACACAGACAAGCAACAGCCCAAGAGGUUACACGUCUCCAACAUCCCCUUCCGAUUCCGGGACCCCGACCUGCGGCAAAUGUUCGGGCAAUUUGGGAAGAUCCUGGACGUGGAGAUCAUUUUCAAUGAGCGGGGCUCCAAGGGUUUUGGGUUUGUAACUUUUGAAACUAGCACAGAUGCCGACCGGGCACGGGAGAAGCUGAAUGGCACCAUCGUAGAGGGCCGGAAGAUUGAGGUGAACAACGCCACGGCCCGGGUCAUGACAAACAAGAAGGCUGCCAACCCCUACACCAACGGCUGGAAGCUGAACCCGGUGGUGGGAGCAGUCUACGGCCCAGAGUUCUACGCAGUAACGGGGUUCCCGUACCCUGCCACGGGGACGGCCGUGGCCUACCGAGGGGCUCACUUACGGGGACGAGGACGUGCUGUCUACAACACCUUCCGGGCUGCGCCGCCGCCGCCGCCCAUCCCCACCUACGGCGCGGUCGUCUACCAGGACGGGUUCUACGGAGCUGAGAUCUACGGGGGCUACGCCGCCUACAGAUAUGCCCAGCCCGCAGCAGCAGCAGCAGCAGCAGCGUACAGUGACAGUUACGGCAGAGUGUAUGCAGCGGCAGACCCGUACCACCACACCAUCGGUCCCGCCGCCACGUACAGCAUUGGCACCAUGGCUAGUCUAUACCGAGGAGGGUACAGCCGCUUCACUCCCUACUAG